UCUUUCUUUCUUCUUGCUGAUCGCUUGUCAGCGGGGAAGUUCAUACGGGACGAAGAUUCUCGCGGGAAUCUAAAACGAUGCUUGGUUUGAUCCGGUGCGGGGAGGAUUCCGAGGCCGCGGGAAGGAGCAAAGAUUUUUGUCUCGAUUGAUCGCUUGAAAGGAAGAGUGGGAGAAAGCGAGAGAGGGAAGAGAGUGAAGAAGACUCGGAAAGGAAGGCGCUCUUGUUGUUGCUGGGUCGAUUCUUUCGUUGAGCGACAUUAAAUUCCACGCGAGAGGCAAGAGGAAAGAAGAGUAGAGGCGGAUAGCGAAAGAGCGAGAGGAGCGAUCAUAAGUUUUGUGGCGGACAGCCAUGAGGUCGUUUCGAGAGCUUGUGGGGCUCGAGGAUUUCGUAGCGGUGUGGUUUUUGCUAGUCCAGGCCAAUUCAUGGGCUCGCCGCUGGAGGAAAUCCAUGGCGGCCACCAGGGGAGCAGCAGCGCCAUCGCCACCGCCGCCCAAGCACCACCAGCACGACGCAGCGGCGGCGCCGCCCACAUUCGCGGACUCGAUCGAGAAUUGCUGCCUGGAUGGCCGUGACGCCGCCAGCGUGGUGUCCGAUCUCCACGGCACGCUCCUCCGCUCCGCCAAUUCCUUCCCCUACUUCUUCCUCGUCGCCUUCGAGGCCGGCGGCGGCUUCCCGCGCGCGCUCCUCCUCCUGGUAAUGUACCCGCUCAUCCUCGCCGCCGAGGCGCUCGUCUCCACAUCCCUGGCCACGCGCCUCUCGAUCUUCAUCGCCGUGUGUGGCGCCCGCGAAUCGGCCGUGGCCACCGUCGCGCACGCCGUUCUUCCCAAAUUCUUCCUCGAGGACAUGCAUCCGGAUGCCUACCGCGUGUUCAUGGCGUGCCCGCGCCGGAUCGUCGUCACCGCCACGCCCCGGAUCCUCGCGGAGCCCUUCCUGCGCGAAUUCCUGGGCGUGGAGCGCGUCGUCGGCCCCGAGUUGGAGGUGACUCGCGGCGGGAUUUGCACGGGAUUUGUGCGCGGCGGCGACGGGACCAGCGAAGAACAGGCAUUCAGGGACUGCUUCGCGGAUCAGAGGCCAGGGAUUGGGCUGUGCAGCAGCGAUCGCGCGCCGGAAUCGCGCUUCCUGCCCCUCUGCAAGGAGGUCUAUCUCGUGCCCAGCUCCAAGGCGGUGGAUCCCGUGCCGCGCACCCUCUACCCCAAGCCGCUCGUCUUCCACGACGGCCGAUUCGCCAUCCGCCCCACGCCGCUGGCGGCGCUCGCGAUCUUCCUGUGGCUGCCCUUCGGCUUCCUCCUCGCCAUCCCGCGCAUGCUCGUCGCGGUGCUCAGCCCCAGCGUCCCCCUGGCGGGAUUCCUCGAGGCGCUGCUGGGGCUCCAGAUCCGGAUGCGCGGCAGCCCGCCGGCGGCGGCGCGGAUCCACGGCCACGGCGUCCUCUUCGUCGCCACGCACCGGAUGCUGGUGGAUCCUCUCUUCCUCUCGGUGUGCGCCAGCCGGCGCGUCACGGCGGUCACCUACAGCAUCAGCCGCGUCUCGGAGCUGCUGGCGCCGAUCAAGACGAUGCGGCUGACGCGAUCGCGCAGCCAGGACGCGCGCGCCAUCCGGGCGCUGCUCGCGCAAGGCGAUCUCGUGAUGUGCCCCGAGGGCACGACGUGCCGCGAGCCCUACUUGCUGCGAUUCAGCUCCCUCUUCGCGGAGCUGACGGACAUCAUCGUGCCGGUGGCGGUGGCGGUGCGCUUCCAGUUCUUCCAUGGAUCCACGGCGCGGGGGUGGAAGGCGCUGGAUCCGCUCUUCUUCCUGCUCAAUCCCUUCCCGGCCUACACUAUCGAGUUCCUGGAUCGCGUGCCCGACGAGUGGACGGUCUCGUCCGGCAAGAGGACGAGCAUCGAGGUGGCCAACUUCGUCCAGGAGAAGCUGGCGAGGGCUCUUGGCUACGAGUGCACGAAUUUCACGAGGAGGGACAAGUACCGGAUGCUGGCUGGGAACGAUGGGAUCGUCAAGGGUGAGCGAUCGACCCACGAGAAGAUCCAUGCAAAGGUGGCGGGGGGGAGAUUUCUAGGGCUUUUUCAAUGCCGGCAAGGUGGCAAGAUCUAGAGUGUUCUUGGUUUUGUUUUUUUUUCCUCUUCUAGGGACACGGCUCGAUAAGCGCUUUGUACAUUACAUUCUUCUUACGUCAAGAACAAAAAGGAGUCUCGUAUACAUGGUGACGAGAUCUUUGAUUUGAUUGAUCCAAACUUUAUA